UCUUUAUGUGGUAGUGUCUAUUUGAAAGAAUGGCAGCAGUAUCCCUCUUUUCGUGGGUCUUCCUCCAAGCAGUUUUGCUUUUGGAUGUCCACUGUAGGCCUGUUAAGAUGGGUCCAUACUUCAUGAAUAAUGCUGGAUACGCGGCAGGUCGUUCUUCUCAAGGUCCGGCCUUCAUGGUUAAAGGUGGAUCCACAGGAGGUGGUUCUUAUUCACAAGAUCCAGCCUUCUACCAACCUGAAGAGCUGGAAGCCCCUGAAGGCUACGGCACUAGCUCCGCUGCUGCUCUUCCUGCUGGAAAAAGCAACAGCCAUCCCUCCUUAACCGACUCGUCUCAAGCUAUCGCUUGGGUUAUCCCUCCUAGCGUCUAUUCUGGUGACACAAAAUCAGGUCAGGGUGGGGCUGCAUCAGGGUCUGCUCCCAGCAAUGCCAUGCCUGGUCCGCAGUUCAUCCCAGGAGAGCUGCUCCAACUCGAGAGCACAAUGGAGGCUGGACGCUUCAUUUCUGAGACCCAGGAACGGGGCAACCCUCCCCCUCCUCCUCCACCACCGUUUGCUGUAAACACUGAGGUCUUCAACAGCCCACCUGCACAAGAAGCCUCUAUACCCAGCUCUUAUGGCUACUUCUAUCCUUACGACUUCAUGUUUGUCACCGGCCAGUACCCUCCCGGAACCUAUGCUCAAGCCAGAAGUAGUUUUGAGCAAGGCAGUGAUAAGUUCAUUGAAAACCAUUACAUCCGAUACGAGUAUCCCGGCGGCCCCGGUGAGGAGCAGCCAAUGCAGCCUUACCCCAGUGACGCUUGGCAGGGCAUGGGGAAAGGGAUGCCUAAUCAUUAGCGUGUUUCUCCUGAGAUGCAGUCUUUCUGGAGGGACGGGUGGAAACGGUUGUUCAAUAAAAAAAAUACAACUUUGA